CCUUUGUUCUAUAGAUUAACAGCUUGACGUAGGAAUCAUGUCAUCUUCUAGGCCAGCGGAGUGCUUAGCUUUGUACUUUAAUAACUAGAGGCCUGCAGUCAAAGAUUUGGCUUGUUAGUCCUAAUCAAUAUGUGGAAUUCUGCCCCCCUCCCCUCGUUCUGAAGUAAAGACGGGGCUACUCAUGCAGCGAGAUGAGGUGGUAGACUGGAGUGACGGGAUUCUGGGCAGUACCAUUUCAGAAACUUCCUGCAAGUAAAAAAAUGGCAUGUACUACAUGUAGCACUGCCUUUUGAGGCACAUGCAAGAGGGCUUUUCCUGUGGCAGUGUGCCACAUAUGGAACUCCCUGCCUCAAGAGAUUAGGUUAUCUUCCUCUCUGUUUGUGUUCUGCUGGCAUUUUAUGCCUUUUUUAAGAGAAACAACAGCACCGCGAGGCUUUGGUUCUGCUGUUGCUUUAUUCUGUUUAUUUAUUGUUAGCUCUGGCUCUCCGUGCCUUCCUGUUUCAUGACGCUGUGUUUAGACCUAGUUGGUUUUGGUAUUUGUUUUAAUAACAUGUUAUUUUACUGUUGUUGUUAUUUUUAUGGCUGUUUACACCUUGUUAACAUUUUGGAGCAACUCCAUUUCCGAAGGGGAUAGCAGAAUGCAAGGGUUCCCCCCCCCCCCAUAAAUAAGUACAACUUUCCCUAAUCCAUAGUUUUCUACCUGCAGUGAGCUUUCAACACAAGGGAGAAUCUUAAAAUGCGUUCCCAUCCUACCUCCCAUCUGAAUUGUUUCUGUCCAUUUUACCCCGUCAUUCUGCCGUAUGUAUAGACUGCACCCAAGUCAAUCGAGUUGACAGCUCAACAGGCUUUACUUCAUGGUUAAGCCAAGUUGUUCUUAGAGAAGGGCAUCUACUUGGUGCAUGUUGGGCUGCAGCAUUUUGUCAUUGUGAAGGGUUUUGUGAUGAUGAGGUGGGGGGGUAAAAGGGUUGAGGGUGGCUCAUCUGUCAUUUUGGACAAUAUGGAGCCAUCUAUAUAGGAUCCAUCUUUGUGCCUAUAUUAGUAGUCAUCUGUUACAUUGCUAUGGUAUGUUACAGGCAGUGUAGCCAGAAUGACCACAGCAGGAAACUGUAGUAACUACAGUGCCUGCCAUUCCAUGCCGUAAGACAGCUGUAAUGUUUUUAGGAUCAGUGUCAAUCACUGCAUAAGGCAAUUCUCCUGAGUAAAUUCAAUGAUUUCUCUAUGGGAUUAAGAGAUUUAUUGAUUGCAGCCUUUGAGUCCUUAUGUUCAGAAGGAAUGUUGGCUAAGCCUAACAAGGAUCAGUGCAAACAUAAAUAAUUAUGAGCCUAGGAAUAUCAAAAUCAUGUCUAUCUUUUUAAUCUGUCUUUACACCUUCUCAGGGGAAGAUAGAUUUCACUGUAAAUCUCAAACCUCAAGCACUAGAUCUUCCAGGUGGGUCACAGGGACCCAUCAUUUUGCCCUCUGCUCACCCUCCAGGAAUGUGUGCUUUUCAGGGUUUUAUCACUGAUUGCAUGAUAGUUUGAGCAUGAAUUAUACUCCUUUUGAGUGCUAUGAAGAUGGACUCAUGUCACAAUAUGUAAAAUCCUGGAAAGAAGGAGAUUCGGUUUGUUGGAGAGGACCAUUUGGAGGUUUUCCUUAUUCAGCCAAUCAAUAUGGAGAACUUCUCAUGCUUGCUUCUGGUACUGGUCUAGCACCAAUGCUUCCUAUUCUUCAGUACAUAACAGAGAAUGAGGAUGAUGAAACAUUUGUAACUCUAGUGGGCUGCUUCAGGAACUUUGAAAAUAUCUACAUGAAGCCUCUUCUUCAAGAGCAAUCUCGAUUCUGGAACAUAAGGGCAUUUUAUGUAUUAAGCCAGGAACAUUCACUUGAAAAUCUGCCUUGGAGCUUUCAAAAAAACACUUACCUUGGUCGGAUAAACGAGGACGUGAUUAAGAGUAUGGUGAACACAUGCAGAAGACAACCUUACGUAUUGAUAUGCGGCUCUGUGACAUUUAGUGAAGAGAUGGAGAGAUCUUUGAAAGCCAUUGGGCUUAAAGAAGAUUCUUAUUUUAUAUUUUAACAGACUUUAAACAAACAAGGUAUCUUUGCUACGAAUAACCUUAAUCUGCCUUUGGUCAGAUUGGAUUUUUAAAAAAUGUUUAGCUGUGCCAAUCCAUCCAAAUUUAUGCCUUCUGUGUCCUAGGAGUUGGCUAAACAAUCCCAUGAAUGAGCAGAUACCACAGUUAGUGAUAAAAGCCUGGUUCCACUUGCAGCCAGUUAUUCUUGACUGUUUCCAGAAAGCAAUUAUGGGGAAGCUAUUGCUCAGCACCAUGGGAAUUGUCCUGUGGCAUCCCACAGAGCUCCAUCUUGUCCUCCAUGGCAUUUAACAUCAGUUUGAAGCUGCUGAGAGCUGUCAUCAGGAGAUUGGGAGAGAGAUGUUAUCAGUAUGCAGGUGAUGCCCAGCUCUAUCUCUGUUCCAUCUGAAUCAGGAGAGCACCUCAGGACUCACACUUAGAAGCAGUGAUGGGCUGGAUAUGAACCAAUGCACUGAAGCUGAAUCCCCAUUGCCCAUCCCUAGGUGCCCAGGUGCCCUAGGCACAGUCCAACAAGAGACUUGUCAUAUUUAAGCCCCAUUGAGAGCAAUAGCAUGGAAUUUAGUCAUGACUAAGUUUUGCUGAACUGUGGUCAGACUCCACUGCCCACCAUUCAAGUUCAGAGGGCAGAAUCUGCAGUACAAUAAGGAACCAAAAAAAGAGAGCUUCAACUUCACUUUAUAACAAAAGGCCUAAAUUUGAUCUAUUUCAGAGCUGGGAGGAUAUUGAUCUGUAGACCGAGGAAACCGGAAACCUUAGCCUGAUCUAAUUAAUACACAUAAUGGAAAAUUGCAUUGGGUUUCUGUUGUUAGUCAUAGAAGCCUCUUUGAGGGGGAAAUACCCCAUGAUGUUCUACUUUUCUCAGCGCAGAACUGAAAAAUGAAUACAUCUACAAAGCUUUGCUUCCAGCAUAGGGAGGGGUCAUAGCUUGGUGGUAGCUACAUGCUCUGCAUACACAAGUUCCCAGCACCAGUCUCUGGCAUCUUCUCUUCAAAGGAGGAACAAUGGUCUGCCUCAGUACCAUGCAGAUUUAUGUUCAUAUGUGUACAUAAUGUAUGUAUUUGUGGCUACGUUUUAGCCUGUAAAGAAUUUACAGUCAAAUAAGCUACUGAAAGCUGUUCAUGUUAAAAAUCAUGACCAAUCUACACAGUGCUCAGAAAUAUAGCACACUACUCCCAUCAUUUCUUGUGGCAUUUAAAAUGCUUCCAUAAUAUGUAAAAAUGUCUUCAUAUACUGUGCAAUUCAAUUUAUCUAAAUAGCCUCACGAGCACAGAAAACAUUUGAGUAAUCAGACAGCAGAUAAAAGAGGAUAUCAUUUCCAUAAGGUUACACUGAUGUGGAGUCACAAGAGAGAUGGGUGAACUCAAAACUGAAUUAGUAGUAUCUGAAGGUGGGAGGAUAGGGAGAGGUUCCGCUGUAUAUAGAAAAAUGUAACGCUUUAGCUAUGUCACCAUGAUUCUUUCCAAAUAGACAGUCCUGGAUCUUUGGGGAAUAAUAUGAUAAGAAUCAAGAUAAUCAAUUGCUCCUCUUUAUUUCUCUGUUCACAUGGAGAACUUGAAUCGUACAACCUGACUCUAUCCUCUGGCAAGACUGCUUGAACAGGACAGGAUGGUAUCUCACUCUCCUUGCCCUAGGGCAAAACAGUCACUUAAUGGUUGUAGCCUGUUAACUAAAUCCCUACUCAAGUGUCCCUACUAAAUUGUAUAAUUUGGCAUCUCAAUGAUUGGUAUUAUUAAUUGUAUUAUAAUUUGGCAUUGUUAUAAUGAGGUUGUUAUUGGAUUGGAUUGUUGUAAUAGAAAACUAUCUGAAGGGCUGUCAUGGAA